CGUCGGACUGCGCAAGGCGAUCGAGGGCUUCGUGGAGAUUCCUGGUGCCCAGGACUUGCGUUUCCAUGCCACAUACUAGAAUAUACUUAAAUAUGCUACAUUCAAACAACGUCUCGCCCCUAUAGCUUCAAAUCAUUUCUAGGUUUGGCAAAGAGAGACCGGCGACUAGGGAGCGCGCGAUAGAGACGAGAGAGUAAGCGAUGGCGGAAUGUGAUGAAGACGAUGAUGAUAUUCUCGAGGAUUCUUGGACGAUCGAUCGCGCCGAUGACGAAGCGAGCGCAAGCGGCAUAUGGACGCAGAUCGUGAGUUUCCUUGACAACAAGCGGAGAAAGGAGCUCCAACGACGCAAGUAUCAAGCCCGGAAGAGUUUGUGCCUCGCCAUGCCGGUGCCAAAGAUGCCAAAGCUGGAGGCUCGAUCGAAGCAGCCGCUGGAGCAGGAGCAUCGACGAAAGCCGCCGCCAUUGCCAUCGAGGACCAUGCCAAGGGAAGAGCUUGAGCCACCGCAUGUUCUUGCUGCUCUACUGGCUUUGAUGGUCAUCUUUGGAGUAGUCUUUGGUGGGGUGGGUACGAUGGCCAUUGCUUUGGUGACGGCUGUGAUCAUCCCCUGCUGGAUGUGGAGGGAGUUCAAGGUUGGGCCAUUCCAUGUCAAAGCCCUCGGCUUUGCAGAGCAAAAUCGAAGAAACGAGCCCCCAAAGGAACGCAGGACCCGUCGUCCAGAUCCAGAGCAGUGCUCAUGUUGCUACUUUGACACUGCGAACUGUAGGUACCAUUCUAGAUUCGUCAACUAGAAAUUCCUGUGAAGCUCUGAGAUCUGCUACAACCGUUCAAUUCUACCUCCAUUCUGUGAAAA